AGUCAGUUGGUGCGUGAAUCUCACAAUGUACAAAUCAGUCUUCGUCUUCUAGCCGUAGAAGAAGGCAGCACUGAGAGUCCACUUCUCAAAUAAUUGCCGCCACACGAUUCAAAAUCACAGUUGAGCAGUGCACUGGUUAGCGGAGAUUUAUUACUUUGAGACAAGAAACUCAUUGAAUCUUAAUUCGCGCAAGAAGUGGCUUCUUAACGUUAAGGUGCUCAGACUUUUCCACGUGAAUAGUGCUUUUUUGUGGUACAGUGAACAAAGUCAUCGAGUGCUUGGGCCAAAGGAAAAGACGAGAGUUUUUUUUUCAACCUCAAGUAUUGCAAAGUGAACAUUUUUUUGAGUGAGAUCGUCCUCCGUUCAAGUAGUUGCAAGAGCCUCUGAUCGUCAAAUGCAGUGACACCUUGAAGUGCUCUUUUGACUCUGAUAGUUCUUGCACAAGUACACAAAGAGGUGUCAGCCAAGCCCCCUAGUGCAGAGAGAUAAUUUAACCAGAAGUUGGUGUUCAGUGGCAAAGUCGUGUAUUGGACAUUAUCUGGGAAACUUCUCCAUAGAGUUUGGCAAUCCAAUUGACCAAAGCUGUGAAUUGAGCGAUAUUCAGUGAAUAAAGAAGAGUUCCUGCAAAAUUAUUUAGCACCACAAAUCUCGUAGCUCUUGUAGCUGGUAAUUGCAAGUAAACCGAUAAGCAACACUUUGUAUAUAUUUGGGACUCAGCACGACAAAUAAACUACGGCCUGUCUCUGUUCUGUGGAAUCAUCAGAACUGAAGCAGCCUGGAUGAUUAUACAUAUUGAGUUUGUGUAAAUAUUGAUACGAGAUUUUCGGAUUUUGUGCGCGCGCCAUCCGUGCUGAAUAAGUGUUUUGAACUAGAGACAUGCAGCUGUGAAAUUUGUGCGAUAUGGGAAAGUUAUUGUGAUGAGCCAGUGGUCAGAUGAAGUACCAUCGGACACUGUGAAGCUUAUAAGCAGAGAUGGCUAUAGAUUUCUUUAUCGGAGCCUUGCUGCUGCUCUCCGCGAGCGUAAAUGUCCUAGCACUUGGCGCCUUCUGGGUAACUCCAAGUCUACGUACAACAGCCAAUCGCUUUGUCAUCAAUCUCUUAAUCGUGAAUCUCGCCUGCUGCAUUAUUCUUGGACCGUCGCUCCUGCUCAAUUCCAGUGCUCUUCGACCUCCAAGUGACGAUGUUGAUGCAUUCGAAACAACAUCCACAAGGACUAACUGCCACUUCAACAGAACAAUCCCUGGAUGCUCAACGAAUAUUAUCUUCCAGGAGACUGCGGUUUCCGAAAAUAGAAACACCAUCGUUAUAGCUGAAAUCGAUGAAGAAGUUGAGGAAUUUCGACAUGAGGACAAUAGAAAAUUGUCCGGCAUUCGACUCUGGACUUUAGAUGUUGCAGCUGCUCUUGGUGCUCUAUCUGUACUCCUCGUAGUAGGAGACACAUGGUGCGCAGUCACAGAUCCUCUACGAUACCAUUCCCGCGUAUCAGGACCUCGAGCAUGGGCCUUGAUCGGAACCACGUGGUGCCUGGGAAUUGUAUUUGGUGUAGCAUCAGCGUUUCGUGGACGCGACGCCCACCUAUACCAGCCCAAUGGGAUUUACAGUGCUGUUUUCUCAUUUGCCUAUUUUCUUGUAAUAAUCCUACUACCAUUCGGCCUUGUAUGUGCCAUGUAUUGGCGAAUAUUCCGGGAGGCACGCUCAAAUGGCCUCCGAAUGCGCCAAAAUGGAUCAUCUCCACUCCUCCAGAGUGCCCUGAAUCUCACAUCUUCCAACACACAGCAAACACCACAAAACCUGGGAGAAAGACACUCAUCAGUGCCUCCAGGUGGACUGCUCAUGAAACUAGACAAGGAGUACGAUGCCAAAGAUUCCAGCACAAAACCAUUGCUGUUCAAUAAGCACCUCGAAAUACCAAAGUCAAUGGAUCGCAACCAAAACAGCAUCUUGCUGUCGCUAUCGCUGGCGGGUGAAGAAUCCAUUCGUAGAAACUACAGUGCCCGUCAGCUUUUUCCACUCGAAAAUCUCGAAGAUGGACUCAAGUGUGAUCUGAGACAUGCCAGCUCGACGCCAAAUCUUCAGAAACAUACCACUGUGGUGGAUGUUUCAGGGCCUCUGUUGCCCCUGCCAACGGUUCAGGUGCAUCCAAAGGCCCUCAGUUACAUGACUUCCAUUCGCCACAGGCUCUCUAAUGCUUCUUCCUUAUUCAAGUAUCGUGAGGAAUCGCGUGCUGCUCGAAUUAGUAUCCUUGUGGUUAUUAUGUUCCUUGUCUCCUACAUCCCCUAUGGUCUGUUGGUCCUGCUAGAAGGUCACAGCGUUCCUCUGCUUACACCCACCGAUCGCACCCUAGUAUCCAUAUUCACUGUGGUCCUGGCCAAUCUCAGCUCACCCUUCAUUUUUGCCUAUCGCAACAAACGAGUCCGUCGCGGCGUAAGGCGUCUCAUGGGCAUCGACGCCAAGACCAAUGAACGCCUCCAACGACGUAGAAAUACCACCAAAACUAAAACCAUCACACUCGCAUCCAAAGCGGACACCAAGUUUCCCACCAACGCCAAGAACACCUUUGUGCUGGAGGUGGAAAAGUGCCCGGACUUUGCUGCUGAUCAGCAGAAAAUUUACAAUCAGCACAACCUACAGCCACCAUCUAGCCAGAUCCCUGGUUUUGUGCCACACUCAACACCACGAUCCAGUGAUGCUGAUUGCAUCUUUGAGAAGAAACGGUCGCUCCUUAAGAGAAUGUGCGAUACAUCGCGUAAAUGGGGAUGUGCUACGGACUCAUGUGCCAGUGAACAGACAGAUGUCUGAAAGAGGAAGUCACUCCAAAAGAGGAGCUUAGAAUCUCUCUAUUUGUGCCAGAUGAAGCGUGAGUGUGAAAAUUCAUUGGGUGUUAUCAUAAGUCAUAUAUUCAAGAUUACAACUUUCACACGACUCUUGAUACUGUUGACACAAAUUACAAGUUUAAGAAAAUUUCCAUGGAAAAUUGGUGUAAUAACUUUUAGGGUUUCAAUGCACAGGAAAAUUUAUGAAAAGUUUCAAUUGACUUUCUUUGUAUACAUUAUAGAACAAAUUGUAUUUUAAUAUCAGAAACACUUGGAAAUAAUAUGUUUUGUAUCUCAAUUACCUAUAUUCUAUAUUGAAGCGGAAAAGACCAGAUGAUCAAAAUUUACGAAAAAAUCUUUUAAAAAAAAUUUCUUCUAGAUUUCGUCGCGAAAACUUUUAAUAUCAUUGCAACAUUCAAUCCAAUGCACACUGAAUAUAAGUACAAAUAACUGUUUCCAUUUUAAUUUUACGAUUUUAGAAAAUUGAUAUUUAAAAAAUUGCUCGCUUGUGUUUCAUAGUUUCGUGAAAUAUUGGAUGAGAAACGACUUAAAUAAUAUUUUUUUUUAUACAAAAAUUUAUCAAGAAGAAAUGUAACUUGAAACAUUUAUGUAGACGUAGAGCUCUCAUCUCGUUCUCUUCAUUCGAAAAUAUUACGAAUAUAAAGUUCUGCACAAAAUAAUUCCAUGCAAAUCAAAAUUAAAUGGUUAUUAUCAAAUUAUAAAAUUUUUCGUGUUCAAAAAAAGUAACUCAAAGAAUAAUUGAAAAAAAUGUAAAAUUUCAAUUUGUUUUAUUUUGUUUUUGUUUUUUUUUUUAAUACGAGAACUUAAAGAAAGAGUUCCCGAAAGAGUAUAAUGACCAACGCACAAUAACUUUUGUUUGUAAACAUGUUUUCAAAAUUUCCUAUGUGAGAGAGCGAGAUGACUAAAUCCCAGUUUCAUUCGUUCUCAUUGAAAUGUCAAAAACAAGUUUACAAAACAAAAGUUAUUCUGCGUUAGGCAUAAUAAUUAAAAAUAAAGCUGAUUUGUUGCUGAGCCUAUCAAACACAUAUCUAGAAAACAAAAGUGGUCAUUAUCCUAUUAUUAUUUUAAAACGCUAUUAAAGUUUAAUACGUACUCGCAGAAAAGUACUUCAUGGGGCUGUCAGCGAUAUAAGUGAUUUGAUGAAGUAAAUAAAUAAUUAGUAUUUCAAUUUUAAACGACUCAGAACACUUAAAAUAUAUCCCAAGAAAUUAUUUAUUGAUAUAUUGGCACUUCAAAAGAAACCACAACCUUCUUUAAAUAGAAGUCCAAUAUUAACCAGAAACUUAUACCGAUGGUUCCGCAUUAACACAUUCACGAUCUAUUUUCAUCUACGAUUUGUGAUCUAUUUUCACAAGAGUCUAUAAAAAAUUGACAUUAAUUAUUUAAAUUUUGUUUUGACUCCAUAAUUUGCCAGAUGUUUCAAUUUUCUCACUCCUAAAACUGAAAUAUUGCUAAAAUAUUAUAAAUUUCCUAUGUGCAUUGAAACCUCAUUUGCGUUGAUCUUCAAUUUAUCAUUCAUCCCAAGAAUUGAAUUCACAAUGCCAGAACAAUGAGCUCUUCUGUUUACAAAACUGAGAGAUUGUUGACAAUUAAAUUUAUGGAGCAGUGUGUUACUAGAGGAAUUAAGAUUUGGUGCUAAAACGCUAAGUGAUAUCGAUAGGAAAAUAAUUUCAUUAUGUGGAGACACGAAAAUGUUGAAUGAAUCAAAUUUAUACAGGGUUAAAAGAUAUUUUAAGCGACGAAUUGACAUAUAUUUUUGCAUGAAGAACAAUUGAAAAAACUAAUGAAAGAGUUUGUACAAAAGAAAUGGAAUUGGGAAGGAAAUUUUAGUUAAAAAGCAUGAUGGCAAAAAAAGCAAAAAUGUUCUUGUUGAGUAGUUUUAUGCUCUUCUCAUUUUUUUUUAUUAUAAUAUACUUUGUAUUUAAUUGUGAAUAUUGAAAAGAAUAUGUUUUACCAGAGUUUAACAUAUAAAUACGAUAAAGUAUUAUUGACACCGAGAAGGAGUAAUAUCAUGUGUUGAAACGUGAUACCAAAAUUGAUAAACUCAAUUGCUAUUUGAAGCGUUUCUCUCUCACUCUAUCCAAUUAAAUUCAUUUUAUUUCCAUGGUGCCUCCAAACUUACUGGCCUGGGCUACCCUCGAGUCCCACCAAGCACUUGAAAACAAAGGCCAACCAGCUUAUAAAUUGACUAAAUAUUUUGCCGACAAAGUCAAAAAUUCUUUAUCAUCCCAAAUCUCAAUCAUUAUUUUUUUGGGAAGUAUUAGCUUAGCAUUUUAUCUUCCUUUCUCUCUUCUAAACUCUAAACAAUUCCGUAAGCGAAUUUAAGGCAUUAUAUUUAUUGGUCAACAUAAAAAUCUAAUACGGCUUCUUGACAUUCUCAGCACCCACAGAUUAUGCAUUAGUAUUUAGUAUAUUAUUUAUUCUCAUUUAUAGCUUUUUUUUUUCAUUUGACAAUAAGUGCUGAUAUGUGGGUAUUAUAGUGGAAAAAUUUUCUUUAGAUUACUGACACAAUUGCCUAAUGCUAAAAUAAUAUUUUUUUUCACAUCAGAGAUACAUUAUUGAGAUAUUAUACAUGUUAUCAAAAAAAUAAAUAAAUAGAGAAAUUGUAUCAAUUCUAAUAAAUAUAUGGAAUUUAUUUUUCUACAUUUCAAGAAACCCUCUUGAAUAUCAUAUUGAACUAUUAAUUUUAAAAGAUUAUAGAUUUAUAGAAGGUAUUAACUUUAUUGAUAUACUGCUGUACAUAGAAGAAUUGUAAAAAAAAUAAGAAGACAUGCAAUGUCCUACAAAAAUUAUUAUAGAUGAUUAAUUGUUAAAAAGAAAGAAUUAUAAUUGCUGUAGUUGCCUCAAACUCUGGCAAUGCUCUCUUACAUUCAUUUUAUUGUAAAUAUAAUUUUAUAGAUAGUGUUUAAUGCUUGAAUGUAUUAGAACAUACGAGUUUUGAAAGAAAAAAAAUCGAUUGAUUUCUUAUUAGAUAGAUUUAUGCAAAAUACUGUAUUGAGAUAAUUUUCAAAUGUUCUCUGCAGAGUAUGAAUGUGUAUAAAAUAUGCUGAGACAGAUUAAAGGAGAAAAAAAAUUGAAUAAA